GGAAAAGUGAGCAAGAAGUGCCAUGUGGAGUGACAACAUUACUAGAAAAUAGCUCUUAUUCUUUACAGUGACACCAAACCCCCGGUAGCUGACCAUGAGCCUUUUACCCCGCUCCGCUGAGGAGUUCAGCUCUGCAGAGUAUUGGGAGAAGUUUUUCAAGAAACGCGGGGAGAGGGCUUUUGAGUGGUAUGGGGACUACAAUAAACUGUGCGGCGUGCUACACAAAUACAUCAAAAUGCAAGAUAAGGUGCUGGUGGUUGGUUGCGGUAACUCUGAGCUCAGUGAACAGCUGUAUGAUGUUGGCUUCAAACAUCUGACUAAUAUAGACAUAAGCGAAACGGUUGUGGCACACAUGACCCAGAGAAAUGCCGUGCGCAGGCCAGGCCUGACCUUCCAUCAGGUGGAUGCCACUCAAACUCCAUAUGACGAUUCCAGCUACCAGGCUGCUCUGGAUAAGGGCACCCUGGAUGCCAUGGCGUCUGAACAGGAAGGCGCGUUGGCCAGGAGCAUGCUCGAUGAGGUAAGUCGCGUGCUCAACGUUGGAGGAAGGUAUGUCUGUGUGACUCUGGCUCAAGAAGGUGUGAUCAAGCUGGCGGUGGAGCACUUCGUACAGCUCGGAUGGGCGGUGAGGCUCCAUUGCCUCCAGGAAGAAAGGGGGAGAAAAGAAGAAGAGGACUCCUUUGCUCUACCUGUCUUUGUGCUGGUUUGCACUAAGUUCCGUCAGCCCAUGCCCACACCCUUUCUUGAGCUGUGUAUCGGAGAUGAUGGUACGCCGGUCCGUCACACUCAAGUUUGCGAACUCUUAUCAGCCGUGAGGGAGUAUCAGGCUUAUUCUUUAUUGAGGAAGCGACUCCGCACGAGCACCGACCCUGACUCGAACCUCACGCUAACUCUCUGCCAUGCCAAGACUGGCCUUCCCAGAUACACCCUCACCGUGCAAGAUUCCCCCCCUGGAGCCAAAGUACCACGGCCUAACCAGUUUGCUAUCUUUAUUGUGCCGCGAGGAAGUGAGACAGCUUGGCUCUACAGCUCCAGUGAAGGCAGGAAGCAGCUGGCAGCCAGCGCUAACUUCAGGCGUCUGGUUGUAGCUGCAAUGCACAGGAACCAGGAAUACACCGACAUGCAAGCAGUCCAGUCAGAGCUCUCGCCGGUGGUAAUGGAUUUGGCUCCCCCAGGCAUGCUAGCCAAUCAACAGGUCCCGUUUCUAUCAGUGGGAGGCGAUCUUGGUUGGCGAGAGGAGGUCAGCAGAGGUGUGAGUCAGCUCAGUGGGGAGUACUGUGUGGAGAAUGUCAGGGGAGAAGAUGGAGAACUGUACCGCAGGCUGGUGUUUCUGUCCAACAUCGCCCUCGUCCAAUCAGAGAGCCGCCUAGUCUCAUCGAAUGCUGCAUCGAGUCACAAAAAGAAAAACAAAAAGAAGGCAAAAGCAACCUCUGCUGGAGCCGCAGCGCCUCUGUCAGUGGACAGUGGCUUCCUCUGCUGUGCUCACCAUGAGGUCAUGGUGGCCGGGCUCGCUCUUCUUGGAGUGGGGAUGCCUCAAAACAAAGACGUCCCAGUGUCGGUGCUCUUGGUGGGGCUUGGUGGAGGAGGACUGCCUCAAUUCCUGCGGGACUUUGUGCCCAACGUGACGGUUGAGGUUUUGGAACUAGACCCCGAAGUACUGGAAGUUGCAAAGGAGUGGUUUGGCUUUCGGCCAGACGAGCGUUUGAAUGUAACUCUCGGGGACGGCCUUGAACACAUCUGCGCGUUGGAGAGAGAAGGCGGUCGAUUGUUUGAUGUCAUCAUGUUUGAUGUAGACAACAAAGACAGCUCUUUGGGAAUGAGCUGUCCCCCUGCUGCCUUUGUAGAAAUCUCUAUGCUGCAGAAAGUUUGUAACUUGCUGUCCCACAAAGGCCUUUUUAUCCUUAACCUUGUGUGCCGUGACCCAACCCUGAGAACCAAAGUCCUUGAGCGUAUAGUGGCCCCCGUUGCGAUGGGCAACCCCGGGAUGGAGGACCUGAUCCCGCUGGUCAACCGCCUCCAAGAUGCGCUGUGCGACGUGGGGCAGAGCUGCAGCCUCCACCUGCCCCAGAUCGCCGUGGUGGGCGGCCAGAGUGCGGGCAAGAGCUCCGUGCUGGAAAACUUUGUGGGCAGAGACUUCCUUCCACGGGGUUCAGGAAUUGUCACCCGUAGGCCUUUAAUCCUCCAGCUGUUAAAUUCAAACACAGAAUAUGGUGAGUUCUUACACUGCAAAGAAAAGAAGUUCACUGAUUUCGACGCAAUCUGCAAAGAGAUUGAGGCAGAGACGCGAAGACUCACAGGAUCCAAUAAAGGCAUAUCUCCUGUUCCCAUCACCCUACGUAUUUACUCCCCAAAUGUGUUGAACCUAACUCUUGUGGACUUGCCUGGAAUCACUAAAGUGCCUGUUGGGGACCAGCCGGCAGACAUUGAGUACCAGAUACGAGAUAUUAUCAUGCAUUAUAUCUGUAAGGAAAACUGCAUCAUUCUGGCUGUCACACCUGCUAACACUGACUUGGCAAAUUCUGAUGCUCUUAAACUGGCCAAAGAUGUUGACCCUCAAGGUCAGCGCACAAUUGGUGUAAUCACAAAACUGGACCUGAUGGAUGAAGGAACGGAUGCUCGAGAAAUACUAGAGAACAGGUUGCUUCCCCUACGCAGAGGCUACAUAGGAGUGGUGAACCGCAGUCAGAAGGACAUCGAUGGCAAAAAAGACAUUAAGGCAGCUCUGGAGUCAGAGAAGAAGUUCUUCCUGUCCCAUCCAGCCUACAAACACAUGGCUGAUCAGAUGGGGACCCCAUAUUUACAAAGGACACUUAAUCAGCAACUGACAAAUCACAUUCGGGAGAAACUGCCAGCCUUCCGUAGUCAUCUCCAGAGCCAACUUCUAGUUUUGAGUAAAGAGGCUGAGGAGUACAGACAGUAUAUUCCCGACGAUCCUGCAAGGAGGACCAAGACACUGCUACAGUUAGUUCAACGCUUGGCUGUUGACUUUGAGAAACUGAUUGAGGGCUCUGGUGACAAAAUAGACACAGCUAAUCUGUCAGGGGGUGCACGGAUUAAUAAAAUAUUCCACGAGCGCUUCCCAUAUGAGCUAGUAAAGAUUGAGUCUGAUGAGAGGAAGCUGCGGAGGGAGAUCAACUAUGCCAUCAGAAACAUACACGGUGUCAGGACAGGGUUAUUCACUCCUGAUAUGGCCUUUGAAACCAUAGUGAAGAAACAGAUAUCAAGUCUCAAAGGGCCGUGUAUUAAAGUUAUCGACAUGGUCAGUCAAGAGCUAAUUGCUACAGUGACCCACUGUAUCAGCAAGCUCAGCUCCUUUCCCAAACUGCGAGAGCAGACGGAGACGAUUGUUAUCACUCAGAUAAGAGAGACAGAGAGUAAAUGCAGGGACCAGGUCUUGUUGCUUAUUGACAUCCAGCUCGCCUACAUAAAUACCAAACACGAGGACUUUGUUGGUUUUACUAAUUGCCAGCAGGUGCAGAGUCAAAGCAAUGUGAAGACUGUUGUGCGGAUUGCAGGGAACCAGGAGCCCAUGUCCACUCUGGCUUAUGUGGCUUUACAAAUCAUAUUCUUCUUCACUUGCAACGGACUUGUUGCUUAUGUCACACACCUCCUUUGUCUUGUCCACAGAGGUAUAGCAUCCUACAGACCUAUCUUCUCAGUACUUCUAUGCCCUUCCUGUCAGUGUUUAAUCAUAGUUUUUUUAUUCCUGGUCAUUGUGCAGGUCAUACGCAAAGGCUGGAUGACGAUCAGCAACAUUGGCAUCAUGAAAGGUGGAGCCAAGGACUACUGGUUCAUCCUCUCUGCAGAAAGCCUAUCCUGGUAUAAAGAUGAAGAGGAGAAGGAGAAGAAGUACAUGCUUCCUCUGGACAACUUAAAGCUCAGAGAUGUGGAAAAGGGCUUCAUGUCCAGCAAAUUUGUCUUUGCUAUCUUCAACACAGAGUUAAGGAACGUGUAUAAAGACUACAAAUGCCUGGAGCUGGCCUGUAACACUCAGGAGGAGUUGGACAGCUGGAAGGCAUCUUUGCUACGGGCCGGAGUCUACCCAGAGAGAGUCACUGUGGAGGGGCAGGGAAGCAGACCUGAAAACUUCACAGAUCCUCAGCUGGAGCGCCAGGUGGAGAUAAUACGUAACCUGGUUGACUCCUAUAUGAACAUCAUCUAUAAGACCAUCAGGGAUUUAAUGCCGAAGACCAUUAUGCAUCUCAUGAUCAAUAGUGUGAAGGAGUUCAUAAGCGCUGAGCUCUUGGCGCAGCUCUACGCUCUGGGGGAAUGCUCAGCUCUGAUGGAUGAGUCACCGGAGCAGCAGCAGCACCGGGAGGAAGUGCUCCGCAAACACGCUGCCCUGAAGGAGGCGCUCGCCAUCAUUGGAGACAUCUCCACCUCUACCUGCACCACACCUCUUCCUCCACCCGUGGACUCUUCCUGGAUACUGCCUUCAAGGUGCAGCGCCGCACACGGCUUUACCUCAAGUUUCUCUAAAAACUUGGUGACCGGAGGAAAGCCGGGGAUUCGUUACCAUGCUCCUCCUGUUCCUCGGGUGCCUAACAGUGGACACAAAGCCUUCCCUGAUGGCUAUCAGCUGCUAACUAGUCAACAAAACCGGGCCACGACCAGUGUACCAAGGUGA